AGCUUCCGCCUUGCGCAGUGUCGGGGUUUGGGCACGUGUGUUACUUUCUCGGGUUUUGUGGAUUACCUUUAUUCCCGGUGAAACUGCAGGGCCGGAACUCCCUUCAUAUUUAAGGAUGAAGGCGAGAAGAAAUAAAAAGCAGAUCCCAAGCUUUCGGAAGUUGCUGAAAACUAGUAAAGUGAAACUUGAAAACAAGCUAAAAAAUAAGCAAUUUAAACAACAAAGCACUCUCAAGAAGUACCGAAAAGAACAGAGGAAACUAAGGCAAGCUGUAAAAGAUGCUGUGUCUAAGAAACCGAUUCCACUGGAAGACCCAAGGGAAAAACAACCAGGUAAAAGGAUUGAGAGGGAAGAGGAGGAAGAAGAGGAAGCCCUUCCUUUAGAUAUGAUGGAUGAAGAUGACUUACAGUUAAUGAGAGACUUAGGACAAAGAGCAUCUUUUCUAACAAGAGAUCUUUCUUCUAGUGAACCUGUUCAUGUCAAGAAACGAAAGCAUGAGCGUAUUAUAGAAAAAUAUGAAAAAAUACCAAGAACUCUGCAAACUGCACCGGAGAAGGAACUGAUUCACUUGCUUCCUAUCAAGGAUAAAAGUGGUAUAAUCCCACAGACCAGGGAGAAGCCAGUUACUGACAAUAACCAAGAUGAAGAGGAUGAAGAAGAGAUGGAACUUGAGGAAGAGAUCAUUGAAGAUCCCAUUCGAGAACUGACAUUAGAAGAACAUUUAAUUGAGAGAAGGAAGAAACUACAGGAGAAGAAAAUGCAUAUUGCAGCCUUGGCGUCUGCCAUAUUAUCAGACCCAGAAAGUAAUAUUAAAAAAUUGAAAGAAUUACGUUCCAUGCUGAUGGAACAGGAUCCUGAUGUGGCUGUUACUGUUCGAAAAUUGGUGAUAGUUUCCCUGAUGGAGUUAUUUAAAGAUAUUACUCCUUCAUAUAAAAUACGACCCCUCACAGAGGCAGAGAAAUCUACCAAGAUUCGCAAAGAAACCCAAAAGUUAAGAGAAUUUGAAGAAGGCCUGGUUAGCCAAUAUAAAUUUUAUUUGGAAAAUCUGGAGCAAAUGAUUAAAGAUUGGAAGCAAAGGAAACUGAAGAAAAGUAAUGUAGUUUCCUUAAAGGCAUACAAAGGACUGGCAGAAGUGGCUGUGAAGAGCCUGUGCGAGCUGUUGGUGGCGCUGUCUCAUUUCAACUUUCACAACAACAUCAUUGUACUGAUUGUCCCUCUCAUGAAUGACGUGUCAAAAUCGAUAUCUGAAAUGUGUUGUGAGGCAGUAAAGAAACUGUUUAAACAAGAUAAAUUAGGCCAAGCUUCCCUUGGUGUAAUUAAAGUGAUUUCUGGUUUUGUGAAGGGCAGAAAUUAUGAAGUUAGACCAGAGAUGUUAAAAACAUUCUUGUGCUUAAGAAUCAAGGAAGUAGAAGUGAAAAAAGAUACAGAGGACAUUAAUAAACCAAAAAAGUUCAUGACUUUCAAGGAAAAGAGAAAAACUCUUUCAAGAAUGCAGAGAAAGUGGAAGAAAGCAGAAGAGAAAUUGGAGAGAGAGCUUCUAGAAGCAGAAGCUUCAGAGAGCACUGAGAAAAAACUUAAACUGCACACAGAGACUUUGAAUAUUGUGUUUGUAACCUACUUCAGAAUAUUGAAGAAGGCCCAGAGGUCACCUCUCCUGCCAGCAGUUCUAGAAGGUCUUGCCAAGUUUGCUCACCUUAUAAAUGUCGAGUUUUUUGAUGAUUUAUUAGUAGUACUGCAUACUCUCAUUGAAUCUGGUGACCUGAGCUAUCAAGAAAGCCUUCACUGUGUCCAGACUGCUUUUCAUAUUCUUUCUGGUCAAGGUGACGUUCUGAAUAUUGAUCCAAUGAAAUUCUAUACACAUCUAUAUAAAACACUGUUCAAGUUACAUGCAGGUGCUACCAACGAAGGUGUCGAGAUUGUACUCCAGUGCCUUGACGUCAUGCUAACUAAGCGCAGAAAGCAAGUUUCUCAGCAGAGAGCCCUUGCCUUCAUCAAGCGUCUUUGUACCCUCGCUCUUCAUGUUCUUCCAAAUUCAAGCAUUGGCAUUUUAGCAACUAACAGAAUAUUAAUGCAUACUUUCCCAAAAACAGAUUUGUUGCUUGACAAUGAAUCUCAGGGAAGUGGGGUUUUCCUUCCUGAACUGGAUGAACCUGAGUACUGUAACGCCCAGAACACGGCUCUUUGGGAAUUGCAUGCACUCCGGAGACAUUACCAUCCCAUUGUGCAGAGAUUUGCAGCUCACCUGAUCGCCGGAGCACCUUCUGAAGGCUCGGAAGCGCUCAAACCAGAGUUGAGCCGGAGAUCUGCUACAGAACUUUUUGAGACUUACAGCAUGGCUGCAAUGACAUUCAAUCCUCCUGUUCAGUCUUCAAGUUCCAAAAGGAAGGAUGAAGUUUUACAAGGGGAUGCAUUUUUGAAUGAAGAUUUAAAUCAACUAAUCAAAAGACAUUGCAGUGAAGUCGCUACUCACUUGCCUCUGGAUUUCAGCAGAUAUUCGACAACAUCACUGCGGAGGUAGAAGAGUGAAGUGUCCACGGGCUUUCUUGCAUAUUUGUGUUUGUUUAGAUGCACAUAGAGACAUAUUGUUAAUUUAGGACAUUCUCUUUACAUAAGGGAAGCUUCCUAAGAAAAUUAACAGAGGUGGAAGAGUUACCCUUUGCAUGGCACAGGGUUCUGCCCAGAUUCUGAAAAUGUCAUUAAGAAAGGAGAAUUGAGAGCCCCCUA